AGUCCCUUCCCGCUUUCUCCUCCCCACUGUCCCUCGUUCGUCCUUGCUCUCUUUCUAUCUAUGACUUUGGGGAGAAUCCAUCUCUACUCGGCUCUCAAACCCUCCCUAAAUCGAAACCCUGGCAUUAAACCCACCAUCAAUCUCUCCAUCCUUGAAUCCCACCUUCAAAAAUGCCGGAAUCCCAGAGAAUUCCUCCAAAUCCAUGCCCAAAUGACCAUCACCGGCUUCAUCAAGGACACCUUCGCCGCCAGCCGUUUCCUUCGUUUCUCCACCAACUCCCCCUUCUUCGAUCUCGACUACUCUCGCAGGCUUCUCCACCAGAUUGAGAACCCCAAUGGGUUCAUCUGGAACGCCCUUAUGAGAGCCUACGUGCAGAGGAAUUCGCCCCAAGACUGCCUCCAAUUGUACAAGUUGAUGCUGAGGAGCGAUUCAAUACCUGAUAAUUAUACUCACCCGAUUCUAAUCCAAGCUUCGGCUAUCCGAUUAUCGGAAUUUGAGGGAAAGCAGAUCCAUUGCCAUGUUUCAAAAUUUGGUUUUGAUUCAGAUAUCUACGUGUUAAACACAUUGAUCAACAUGUACUCGGUCUGUGGGAAUUUGUGUGAUUCUCGACUCGUGUUUGAUAAAAGUCUCAUCUUGGAUUCUGUUUCUUGGAACUCGAUUCUUGCAGCAUAUGUCCAGGCUGGUGAUGUUGAGGAAGCGGUUCAAAUAUUUAAUCAGAUGCCAGAGCAGAACACAAUUGCUGCGAAUUCUAUGAUUGCUUUGUAUGGUAAAUGUAAUAGGGUGGAUGAUGCUCGUAAGUUGUUCGAUGGAAUGGAUGCAAGAGACGUUGUCACAUGGACUGCUAUGAUUUCUAGUUAUGAGCAGAAUGGGAUGUUUACUCAGGCAUUGAAGAUGUUUGCUGAAAUGAAUAGCUAUGAAAUUUUGGUGGAUGAGGUUGUGAUAGUGACUGUUCUAUCAGCUUGUUCACAGUCAGAGGCAGUUAAAGAAGGAGAAGUGAUUCAUGGGCUGAUUGUUAAAAUUGGGCUUGACUCUUAUGUUAAUGUUCAGAAUGCUUUGAUUCACAUGUAUUCAAGCUGUGAAAAUAUUAAUGCAGCGCGACGAUUGUUUGAGUUGGGUGAUUACUUGGACCAAAUAUCUUGGAAUUCUAUGAUAUCUGGCUAUUUGAAGUGUGGGCUUGUGGAGGAGGCUAGGGGAUUCUUUGAUGCAAUGCCUCAGAAGGAUGUGGUCUCCUGGAGCACUAUGAUUUCAGGUUAUGCUCAACAUGAUCAAUUCUCGGAGACACUGGAACUUUUCAAUGAGAUGCAAGUUAGAGCAAUUAGGCCAGAUGAGACUACUUUGGUGAGCAUCAUUUCAGCUUGUGCUCGUUUAUCUGCUCUUGAGCAAGGAAAAUGGGUUCAUGCAUAUAUAAAGAAGAAUGGAUUUAGGAUUAAUGUGUUUAUUGGGACAACUCUUAUAGACAUGUAUAUGAAAUGUGGAUGUCUGGAAACUGCAUUGGAGGUUUUCAAUGAGAUGGAGAAAAGGGGCACUUCUACUUGGAAUGCAGUUAUAUUGGGGCUUGCUAUGAAUGGGCUUGUUAAAGAAUCUCUGGAGAAAUUCUCAGAAAUGGAAAGGUGUGGAGUGGUGCCAAAUGAAAUUACUUUUGUUGGACUUUUGGGAGCUUGCCGGCAUGCAGGCUUAGUACAUGAGGGGCGGAGGUAUUUUAAAUCAAUGCAACAAAUUUACAAAAUAAUACCCAAUAUUAAGCACUAUGGAUGCAUGGUUGAUCUCCUUGGCCGUGCAGGCUUGCUUACUGAGGCUGAGGAGCUGAUCGAGACCAUGCCUAUGUCUCCUGAUGUAGCCACUUGGGGUGCUUUGCUUGGUGCUUGCAAGAAGCAUGGUGACACUGAGAUAGGAGAGAGAGUUGGAAAAAAGCUUAUUGAACUCGAACCUCAGCAUGAUGGUUUCCAUGUUCUCUUAUCUAAUAUAUAUGCUUCCAGAGGGAGGUGGGACAAUGUCAUGGAGCUCAGGGGCAUGAUGAAGCAACGAAGGGUCAUAAAAACACCAGGCUGCAGCAUGAUAGAAUCCAAUGGUGUUGUUCAUGAAUUCUUAGCAGGCGAUAGAUCUCACCCACAAAUAAAGGAGAUUGAUGAGAUGCUUGAUGAGAUGGCUAGGAGAUUGAAGAAGGAAGGAUAUCAACCAGACACUACAGACGUGGCCUUUGACAUUGAAGAAGAAGAGAAGGAAACUACUCUUUAUAGGCAUAGCGAGAAGCUUGCCAUUGCCUUUGGGCUUAUCAGCACAUGUCCAUCAAUCCCAAUUAGGAUAAUGAAAAAUUUAAGGAUCUGCAAUGAUUGUCAUGCUGCAGCUAAGAUCGUAUCCAGAACUUUUCGACGUGAGAUUGUGGUGAGGGAUCGCCAACGCUUUCACCACUUCAAACAAGGUGUAUGCUCAUGCUCAGAUUAUUGGUAGUAUGUAAUUAUUUGAGAUGCAUAUUUGAGGAGGCAACAAAUUGGUCUUCAAGACAAGCAUGCUAAUCAUGCAAGAGAGAAAAUCAAUGAUAUAUUCAGUCCAUUCAUGGUAAAAAUGAAAGAAAGUCUUCCAUUUUUUUUGGUAGGACAGGAUUAAGUUAUCCAGAAUGGCAAUGUGCGCAGUAAAUUGACUGCUGGAGCAGGGGUUACUGUUCUUUGAGCAACUGCUGUCAGAGUUGCAUAACUGCUUGAAAGUUCACAGUGCUCCUGAGUUUCACCUUUUCAGUGCCACCAAAUCUCACCGUGUAUUCUGAGACUCAAAAAGUGGGAUGCCUUCCCAAAUUUGAGAUGCUCAAGGAGAAAUGAUGUGGUGCAUUUUCUUCGGAUGCUCAUGGCCUAUUGAUGCUCACAAAGAGCAUCGGAGAGAUGCUUUACAGCACAACAUUGUCUGGCUUUCAACAACUCCAGUUAGAAAAAUUUGAUCCAAUGAGAAGAAAUUUUUUCUCUAAAUAAUGCAGGGAAUUUUGCUAAAUAUUUGCAGCAGAAUGUACCGAAAGGAGUGUCCUACAGUGUAGCAAGCAGUUAUUGAAGUGUAUAACAUGGUGUAAAGAAGAACUAAGGCUUGUCAAAAUUGGUUGGACAACUCAUGGAAGGGAAAAGAGAGAAUUCCAAUUUGUUUUGUGGUCAUUCUGGGGCGGCUAUUUUCUAUGUUGACAUUCAGAGGUUGCUAAACUACUGUAACAACUAGCCCGGUAAUAAUUGAAGUUGAAUCGUUGGCUCUCUGAAGAUGCACUAACUUCUGCUAAAUUUCUCUCAAAACCUAGUUGUUGAACAUGAUAUUGUUUCAUGGAUAAGUAACCGGGAAUGUGUGAAUGAUAUGAUGAUAAAUGGGCACGUGACCAUUUUCUGUGCUAGCGAACAAAAGAAAGAUGUGAAGCCUUGUUUGCUCUGCUUCCAGGGAGAACUAGAAAAGAGGAUAACCUGGGAAGCCUUGAUGAGCUGACAAAUUUUGGCUGUCCCUUUACCCUUGAUUUGUUCAUAAUGGAAAAGUUAACCUGUUUGCAUGUACAAAGUACAAACCUUAUUAUGUAACAGGUGCUAAAGCAAAUUCUCUUCAUUCGAUUAGAUAAGAAAUUAUAUGUCCCUCUUUCCUAUUCAA